CCAAAGGCAAAGCGGAAGAAAACGUAAACCAGGGUCCCGCCUUAAACUGCCCCUUCCGCUUCCGCUCCUCUCCUCUCGGGGUCCGUCCAUGGCGGGCGGCGGCGAGAAGACUCCGGCGAGUUCCGCCCAGCCGCGGAAGGCCCCUACCCCUCAUGCGUCGGUCUACGGAAGGUCUUCGGAACGGCAAAAGCAGGGGGCAUGUACAUUCUCUCCUUCAGCUAGCAGCAAAUAUUCACCACAACAGAUGGUUACACCUGCUAAACCACCGAAAUCUGCAGACUCCAGAAGCAGUCCGUAUAGUGCUGAAUCUGUGGGAUCUGAUUCUGGAGCUGCCCCAUUUGACAUAUGUGUGAGUGGUAGCAAAGGCCCCAUCAAGUUGAAUCCUUCUUUACUCGAUAUCAACAGAGCAAAAAGACGGGACAGGGAAUUUUCCAAGGAUGUAGCUCCGUUCCAGUACUUGAGACCUGGGAUGGUUCUGUUGAAAAGAUUCAUAAAGCCUACUGAUCAGGUUAAAAUUGUCAAAGUUUGCCAGCAGCUUGGUGUUGGUUCAGGAGGAUUUUAUAGACCUGGCUACCGAGAUGGGGCUAUGUUAAGACUCUGGAUGAUGUGCUUAGGGAAGAACUGGGAUCCGGAUUCACGCUCAUAUGGCGAUACACGUCCGUUCGAUGGUGCUCAACCACCGACCAUACCAGAAGAAUUCAGGAAGUAUGUUCAAGAUGCCAUUCAAGCUUCCCAUGAACUCUCGACACAACACAUAGGAGCUGUCAAUGCUGUGGAAGAACUUCCUCUGAUGUCACCAGAUAUCUGCCUUGUUAACUUCUACAACAGUAGUGGGAAGCUAGGUCUUCAUCAGGACAAAGAUGAAUCAAGGAGCAGCCUUGACAAGGGAUUGCCUGUCGUUUCUUUUUCAUUAGGCGAUACCGCAGAAUUCUUGUAUGGCGAUGUUAGAGACGAAGGGAAGGUUUCAAGGGUCGAUCUUGAAUCGGGUGACGUCCUUAUAUUUGGUGGUAAGUCGAGACUGAUAUUCCAUGGGGUUUCCAACAUGAAACCUAAGACAGCGCCAAAGUGGCUGAUGGAUGAGACAAAUCUUCGACCUGGGCGACUGAAUCUCACAUUCAGGCAGUACUAGACAGUUGGGCUACUUACAAGUAGAAGUCACUUAUCAUCUGUUGUACGUAUUUAAGUAUGCUAUUACCAAAAAUCUGCGAGUAGAUUCUAUCUAGUAACUGAAGAUCAUGAAUUAACCGCUGCACUGAAUGUUUGUUGUCAUGAUAAA